ACCUGGGAGAAAAAAAACUCACCUGUUGAGUUUAUCUGCGGGAGAAGAGGCGGUGAAGUGAGACGUUCUCUACCUGCGUGUGUUGGAGGAGCUUUCCUGGUGCGGGCGUCUCUGACGAAGAACGUCCAUAUUUUAAUUUGUGAGAGAGUUUAGAUGUUUUAGAGCCGAGGCGUUCAGGGUCCGCCGGAAAGCGGUAUUUAAGGUAUUUGAAGGUUCGCACUUCCGGGUAUUCCCUGCAGCUAGCCAUGGAGCAACAAGACGCAGAAGUGACGGUGUACAUUCCAGAAAACGAGAGUCCUGCGGCUCAUAGAGCUGGAUCGGACGUUGCAGAUUCAGCUAAAUAUCUAAGGUUUGAGAAGACUCCUGACCCUGGACAGGCAGAACGAACACAAGAGGAACCGAGCUGGAUGGACAGAAUGAAAGAUCAUCUGAAUGCGAAGAUCUGGAGAUGCAAAGUGUGGAUGGUUAUCCCUGUCGUGCUCCUCCUCAUCGUUGCUGUGAUCUUCAUCUCUCUGGCUCUGUGCACGUGGAUGCAUAAAGAUGAAGAUGAAAACUAUGACAAGUCACUGUUCAUAGUCCCGCAGAACUUUAACGGAAGUUUCCAGAUCACGUCCAACCAUUCCUCUGGGAAUCAAGUACUCGGAUACUUUGAAGACAAGCUGAACACAGUCUACAAAUCCUCCCCAGCUCUGGGGCGGUACUUCAUUCGAGCCGAGGCGCUCCUUUCCAGCGAGGGUUCUGCGACUGUUCUGUACCAGCUGAUGUUUAAGCUGCCAGAGGAGAACCUGGAGGAGCUGAGGAACUUCACUGUGAGCUUGGAGGUGGUGAAGAACGUGUUCAGACAGUUUCUCAGUGACCAGGGGUCAGGCGACAUGUCUGUCACCCCCACUUCACUAAAGAUGUCCCUAAUGCGCAGAUGAGGGGUGUUGGGAAAUGGAGUGGAAAACCAGCUUCUUGGUUCUGAAGCAAACACUAAACCUCGUGAGAGUCUGUUGCCGUGUGUGGUUGUGGAGCACCACAGGAUGCUUCCUGUCCACGCACAUAAUGAACACUAGCCGUGUGAAGGACCUCACAUGAUAGAGGUCAGGGAAUGUUUGUUUUUAUUACGACUCUGUGAAUUUUUCUGACGAGUCAUUUUUCAUUUGUCGUGUUGAACGUGAGCAAGUAUCAUUUGGAAACUGUUACCACGGCCCUUGGGGCACAUUUGACAGUUGACGCUGUGACAUACCGGUAAACAGUUUCAUGUAACGGUGGAGGACAGUUUUUUACUUGGAGUGUUGAUGCCAGCUGUGUGGAGACGAUCUGUGCAAUUCUAUGACUCAAACUGAAUUUUUGAAUGUUUUGUUUUAGAGGCACACUAUGCAUCUUUUUAAUAUUUUUAAAUCAUUUUCUUCAAGCA